GAGUGUGAAAUACUGUAAAUUUAAAAAAAGGGUGUUCCAUGUCUUUGAAGAAAAUUUUACGUUCUAUUAUUAUUGGCGUUCCAGUUGGUGUUACUAUAAUAGAUGUGUUUGGUUAUGUUGCUCGAGUGGAUGGAAUAUCCAUGCAGCCGUCGUUGAACCCAGAUUCUGUUACUGAUUAUGUAUUCCUAAAUAGAUGGGCUGUCAGAUUCUAUGAAGUUUCUCGGGGAGAUGUUGUUUCUUUAUUCUCCCCGAAGGAUCCAGAUCAAACUCUGAUCAAGCGGAUAGUUGGACUUGAAGGUGAUAUAAUUAAUACUUUAGGUUAUAAAAAACCUUUUGUUAGAAUACCAGAAGGACACUGUUGGGUAGAGGGCGAUCAUACAGGACACUCCUUGGACUCCAAUUUAUUUGGACCAGUUUCUCUUGCUCUUAUUACAGCAAAAGCAUCUGCUAUUGUUUGGCCUCCAGAAAGAUGGCAAUAUGUAGACUCAGAAGUACCCAAUAACAGAAAACCAGUUAAUAUGAAGAUUGAAAUAUAAACUAAUUAACUUAGGUGUUUAUUUAUUAUUUUAAA